AUGCAGCUCAUCACCUCCCUUCUGGCCAUUGGAGGCCUUGCGACCAACGUUGCUGCUCGUAACCCUGCGAGGUCUGUUGGCAAGAAGUUUGAUCUUCCCAGGCCGCAGCUUGCUCGCUCUGCGCACAAUGUCCAGCACGUCAAGCGCCAGUACGCCGUGAACGAGACUACACCCAUCAUCACAGCUCCCUCUGCUAAAAAGUUCGCCGUCAACGGUACCGCGGGUGCCAUCCCGGACGUUAACUUCGACAUUGGCGAAUCGUACGCUGGUCUGUUGCCGAUAAGCGACAAGCAAAACGAAACCUCCGAGCUGUACUUCUGGUUCUUCCCUUCGACAAACCCGGAUGCUAGUGAUGAGGUCACAAUCUGGCUCAAUGGUGGCCCAGGUUGCUCGUCCCUCGAGGGUUUCCUGCAGGAAAACGGACCUAUCAGCUGGCAGUACGGCAGCGGCCCUCGCGCAGUCUACAACCCUUGGAACUGGGCAAAUCUUACCAACAUGAUCUGGGUUGAGCAACCAGUUGGCACUGGCUUUACUCAGGGUACGCCAACGGCAACCAGCCAGGAAGAGUCUGCUGCACAAUUCCUCGGCUUCUGGAAGAAUUUCAUGGAGACCUUUGGCCUGAAAGGAAAGAAGGUCUACAUUGCAGGUGAAUCUUACGCGGGACGAUACGUGCCAUAUAUUGCAGAUGCCAUGCUGAACGAGAACAACACCGACUACUACAACGUCAAGGCCGCCUUGAUCUACGACCCCAGUGUGGCCGUGGACACCCUGCUUGAGGACAUCCCAGCCGUCCCCUUUGUCGAUCGCUGGUCUGGCCUCUUCAACUUGAACGAGUCUUUUACCAAGGAUAUCCACGAGCGUGCCGACAAGUGUGGAUACACUGAGUACAUGGAGAAGUACCUGACUUUCCCGCCUGUUAGCAAGCUCCCCACGCCUUCUCACAACGCUUCUGAGCCUGAAUGCGCUAUCUGGAACGACGUUUACAACGCUGUUAUGUUGACCAACCCUUGCUUCGACGUUUACGCUGUUGCCACUACCUGUCCUCUGCUCUGGGACGUACUCGGCUUCCCCGGCUCCUUCGACUACCUGCCCCCUGGCGAGGACACUGUCUACUUCAACCGCACCGCUGUGCAGAAGGCUAUCAACGCGCCCAUCCAAGAGUGGAACGAGUGCUCCAAUGGCGUCCUCGACACCGACACUUCGCCUCAGUCGAGCUGGGAAGUCAUCCCUCGUAUCACUGAGAAGCUCGAUCGCUUCGUCAUUGUCCACGGCGAGCUCGACUUCAUCCUGCUCUACAACGGUACCCUUAUGACUAUUCAGAACAUGACCUGGGGCGGUCUGCAGGGUUUCCAGGAGGCCCCCAAGGAUGCGUUCUUCGUGCCUUACCAUGAGGACAUGAGCCUGACGAGCUUGAGCGCCAAGGGCGUUAUGGGAACCACACACACUGAGCGCAAGCUCACUUGGGUCAGCCAGGCUCUGUCUGGUCACAUGGUUCCUCAGUACCAGCCCAGCAGUGCGUACAGGCAGGCUGAGUUCCUGCUCGGUCGCAUCGACAGCUUGACCUCGACCGAGCCGUUCACUACGCUCAGGGGCAACUCGACUGCGAAGAGGGAUCUUGGUGUUAUGCGCAGCUACUAG